ACCGACCUCCCUUUCUUCCUCACUCUCAAGCCGACUGAUCAUUCCCCGGCGUCUCGUCGCCACCGCUCCUCUGCACAUUUCGAUUUGAUGGAGACGGGGUACGACUUCAUUCUCGGCACUCCGUGGUCUCGUCGGUUCCGCAGCACCGAUACCGAUUGGGCGACCAACACUCUCAUUCUCAAAACGAAGUGUGGACAGACAAAUCGCGUACCUUUCAUAGGUACCACCGCGACACCACGCCCCGAUCCUCCUCCCCCGGAGCCUUUCGUGCCCACACCAUCUCCUUCCAUCAGUGUCACCUCGCCUUGCCAGUUCGCCCACUUUAUCCGACAGGACGACGUCACCUUCUUUAUGGUGGACGUGACAGAUCUCUUACACUAUGAUCCACCCUGUCCCGACGCCGAGCUCAUUGCUCUGGAGCCAGAUCCUCCUUCUAUCUCCAUGGCUCCCAUCUCUACUUGCGUCCCUCCGCCGUCCGUCGAGUCCACCCCGCCGUCACGCGCUAACGCUGACGCUGAGGAACUCGCACGAUAUAUGGCUAACCUGGAGCCCGCAGUUUGUGACCUCAUCCGAGAGUAUCACGACGUUUUCCCAUCGUUGUUCUCGUACGCCAACAUCCCACCGAAGCGUGACGUCGAGCACUCCAUUCAGCUUAUGCCUGACUAUCGUGUUCACCACCAAGCACCCUACAGACUCUCGAUCCCCGAGGCCACUGAACUCAAGCGUCAGCUUGAGGAGCUCCUGAGACCGGGUUUUAUUAAACCCAGCAACUCCCCGUUGGGUGCACCCGUCCUCUUUGCUCGCAAAGCGGAUGGAACUCUCCGUCUCUGCAUUGACUACCGCGGCCUCAACCGCUACACAGUUAAGAACAACUACCCCAUGCCUCAUUCCGACGAGCUGUUUGACCACCUAGCAGCCAACCGCUUUUUUACGAAGAUUGAUCUUCGUAGCGGUUACCAUGAGAUCCGCGUCGCUGCAACCAACCGGCCGAAGACAGCGUUCCGAUCGCGCUUCGGCCACUACGAGUUUACGGUGAUGCCAUUUGGCCUCACCAAUGCACCCGCCACCUUCCGGAGGGCGAUGAACGACAUCUUCAGGGACAUCUUGGAGCAAUAUGUUCUCGUCAACCUUGGCGAUAUCCUAGUUUACAGUCGUACCCUUAAGGAUCACCUCAGACACCUACGCGACGUCCUUGACCGCUUGCGCAGACAUGGCUUCUACGCCAAGCUGAGCAAGUGCCGCUUUGCCCAGCACAAAGUGGAUUUCCUAGGACACUACGUGUCUGACCAGGGUCUCCAUAUGGACGACGCAAAGAUCACUGCUAUUGCGGAUUGGCCCGCUCCCACAUCCGCCAAACAGCUUUGCAGCUUCCUAGGCCUGACCAGCUAGUAUAGUAACUUCAUCCGGGGAUACGCUAGGUAUUUCUAUG